GUUGUUUCUCAAGUUUUCGAUUGAAAAGAUGAAGAUUACACUCUGGACAGCGUGCUUGCUGUCGUCUGUCGCGGCGUACCCUUCGGUACAAGAGCGCCAGACAGAGGACCACUCGUGGAGAGCGCCCUCGGCGACUGACCGCCGCGCUCCCUGCCCUAUGCUCAACACGCUGGCCAACCAUGGAUACUUGCCCCGUAAUGGCGCCGACAUCUCCAUGGACAUCCUCGUCGCCGGCCUCAAAGCGGGCGUCAACCUCGGCGCAGACGCCACCAAGCUUGUCGGAGCCACAGCAUUGAAGGGCUCCACCACCGGCAACGCGAGCACAUUCCACCUGACUGACUUGAACAAGCACGGCUUGAUCGAGCACGACGGCUCCCUCUCCCGCGCCGACAUCUUCUCCGGCGACAACCACUCCUUCAACGCCACCAUCUGGGCCUCAACCGCCUCCCACUUCACCUCCCCCACCAUCUCGCUCGCGACUGCCGCCAAAGCGCGCAAAGCACGACUCGCCGCUGCCCAAGCCGCGAACCCGCAGUUCAACAUGAGCGAUGGCGACAAACAGGCGAGUAUGAUCGAGACGGCACUGUAUCUCAAUGUCAUGAGCAAUGAGACGGGAGUUACGGCGGUGACGGCGUGGGUGCAGAAGCUGUUUACGCAGGAGAGGCUGCCCAUUGAAGAGGGGUGGAAGAGGCCGAAGGGGGAGAUUGGGGUGCCGACUAUUUUGGGUUUGGUGGGGUUGAUCGGGGUCGCGGGGAUUUAG